UUCAAACGGCACUGCGCGCGUCUCGCCGGCUGGAACUCGGAAUAUAUGGGCCUCAACCAGUUCCCGUCGCUGCCGGACAAGUUCGAUCCCACGCCGUAUAUCAACACGACUCGCGAGGACGAGAAGACGGAGUACUACUUCGAGCACUGCCUACCGACGACGGAGCAGAUUGUCGAGCGGCUACGUAAGGUGCGGGAGGACCACCCGAGCUUGAGCCGCGUCUACCUCCUCACGAACGGGUGGGGCUGGUGGCUUAGCGGGCUCAAGGACGCGCUGCGCGAGGAUGGAUGGGCGGACGCGACAAGUUCGCUUGACAUUCAGCUCGACGCUGCGCAGAGCUACGUCGGUAUGGCCGUUGACAUGGCCAUUGCUGAAAAGGCGGAGGUGUUCGUAGGGAAAUGGGGUGAGUCGGGCAUCAUCUUCCUUUCGCAACACAUGCUGACAUUGAUGCUAUCCCAAUUUUCGAGUCUGUCAUCGAACGUGGUCAUGUUGCGUAUGGUGAAGGGCCUGGAGCCGGCGUCCAAUCGGUUCCUGUAG